AUGGAGGAGCCCUCGAUGAGGCCAGCCCGCAGGGGGCGCCCGCAGCCGGCCCGCCCCGCGCCCCCUCCGGACCCCCCGCCGACCCCGGACCCGCCUCCUGCGCCCCCCGACCAAUCAGCGAGCCCGGCGGGCCCUGAUGUGCUGGUGUGGGAGCUGCUGCACUGGCGGGACCCCGCGCGCUCGGCGCUGGUGCUGCUCGCGCUGCUGGCGGGGCUCGGCUGCCUCGCGCGCUUCAGCGCCGUCAGCGUCGGCGCCUACGGGGCCCUGGCGGUGCUGGCGGUGACGCUGCCCCGGCGCCUGCACCAGGGGGCGCUGCGGGCGCUGCGGCCGCACCCGGCCCCGCGGGAGCCGCCGGAGGCCGCGGUGGGGCUGAGCCCCGAGGAGCAGCAGCGCUGGGCCCGGCGCCUCGCCCGGCACCUGAGCGCGGCCACACGCACCCUGGCCCGGCUCUUCCUGGUGCAAAGCGUCCCUGAGUCCCUCAAGUUCGCCUUCUUGUUCUACCUGCUGACCUACGUGGGGGCCGUCUGCAACGGGCUGACGCUGCUGGGAGCCGGCGUCAUCUGCGCGUUCACCUUCCCCGUGCUCUACCGGCACCACCAGGCCCAGAUCGACCAAUACGUGACCCUGGUGCGGAGCCACCUGAGCCACCUCCGGGCCAGGAUCCAGGCCAAGCUCCCCAGUGCCAAAGCCAAGCCGCAGUGACCCCCCCGUGUGCCCCCCCCCCGCCCGAGGUGACAGCGGAGGGGGGGGGGAAGGAGCCGGGGUCCCCC